CUUCUGUUGACAGUAACUUUACAACCACCAGCCAUGAGGGUGCUUGUGCUAGCUCUCACUGUGGCCCUUGCAGCCUGCUACCAAGUCAGCUUUGUCCCAGAGUUUGCUCAUGGAAAGACCUACGUGUACAAAUAUGAAGCAUUACUCAUGGGAGGUCUGCCUGAGGAGGGUCUGGCCCGUGCUGGAGUGAAAGUCAGCAGCAAAGUCCUUAUCAGUCUAGCUGCUGCUGACACCUUCAUGCUCCAGCUUUUAGAUCCUGAACUCUUUGAGUACAGUGGCAUCUGGCCCAAAGAUGCUUUCAUCCCAGCCACCAAGCUCACCUCUGCCCUGGCUGCUCAGCUCUUGACUCCCAUCAAGUUUGAGUAUGCUAACGGUGUUGUGGGCAAAGUGUUUGCACCUGCUGGCAUCUCUGCAACUGUGCUGAACAUCUACAGGGGAAUCCUCAACAUACUCCAGCUGAACAUCAAGAAGACCCAGAACGUCUAUGAGCUGCAAGAGCCUGGAACUCAGGGUGUGUGCAAGACCCAUUACAUCAUCAGUGAGGAUGCAAAGGCUGACCGCAUCAUGCUGACCAAGACCAAGGACCUGAGCCAAUGCCAGGAGAGAAUCAUUAAGGACAUUGGCUUGGCUUACACAGAAACAUGCGUUGAGUGCGAGGCCAGUGGGAAGACGAUGAAGGGAACUGCCGCCUAUAACUACGUCAUGAAGCCAGAAGCCACAGGUGCCCUGAUCUUGGAGGCAACUGCCACAGAGCUCAUCCAGUUCUCACCUAUCAACAUCUUGAAUGGAGCUGCCCAGAUGGAAGCCAAACAAAUCCUGACUUUCCUGGAGAUUGAGAAGACACCAGUGGAACCCAUCAGAGCUGAAUAUCUGCACCGUGGGUCCCUGCAGUAUGAGUUUGGCAGUGAGCUUCUUCAGACACCCAUCCAGCUCCUGAGGAUCAGUAACGCAGAGGCUCAGAUUGUCGAAGUUCUCAACCACUUGGUGACCUACAAUGUGGCCAAGGUCCACGAAGAUGCCCCUCUGAAGUUCAUUGAGCUCAUCCAGCUGCUGCGUGUGGCCAGAUACGAGAGUAUUGAGGCCCUCUGGACUCAGUUCAAAACAAGACCUGAUUUCAGGCACUGGAUCCUGAAUGCUAUCCCUGCCAUUGGUACUCAUGUUCCUCUGGAGUUCUUCAAGGAGAAGUUCCUGGCUGAUGAGCUGACUAUCACUGAAGCUGUUCAAAUCAUUCUGUCAUCUGUGCACAUGGUCACUGCUGACCUGGAGGUCAUCAAGAUCGCUGAGGGACUGGUCUUGGAGCCCAAGAUCCUGGGAAACCCAGUUCUGCGUGAGAUUGUCAUGCUGGGCUACGGCACCCUUGUUGCUAAAUACUGUGUAGAGAACCCAACCUGCCCCGCUGAACUUGUCAGGCCCAUCCAUGAACUUGUUAUUGAGGCUGUUGCAAAAAGUGAAAUUGAGGAGCUUGUUAUUGCUCUCAAAGUUCUGGGUAACGCUGGACAUCCUGCAAGUCUUAAACCAAUCAUGAAACUCCUGCCUGGCUUCGGCAGUGCUGCUGCUAGUCUUCCACUCAGAAUUCACAUCGAUGCCGUUCUGGCCCUGAGGAACAUUGCUAAGAAGGAGCCCAAGCUAAUCCAGGAAACUGCUGUUCAGCUGUUUAUGGACAAGGCUCUCCACCCAGAGCUGCGUAUGGUUGCUGCUAUUGUGCUGUUUGAGACCAAGCUGCCAAUGGGUCUGGUGACUACUCUUGCUGACACCCUCCUGAAGGAAACAAAUCUGCAGGUGGCUAGCUUUGUCUACUCCUACAUCAAGGCCAUGACCAAGAACACAGCCCCUGACUUUGCCUCUGUUGCUGCAUCCUGUAAUGUUGCUGUGAAGAUCCUGAGCCCCAAAUUUGACAGGCUGUGCUACCACUACAGCAGAGCUCUCUACUUGGAUGCCUACCACAGCCCAUGGAUGGUUGGUGCCGCUGCAAGUGCCUUCUACGUCAAUGAUGCUGCAACUGUUUUGCCAAGAGCUGUCCUGGCCAAAGCUCGCACCUACCUCGCCGGAGCUUAUGCUGAUGUGUUAGAAGUUGGUGUAAGAACUGAGGGAAUCCAGGAGGCCCUUCUGAAACACCAGGCUCCUGAGAAUGCCGACAGGGUCACUAAGAUGAAACAAGUCAUGAAGGCACUCUCUGAAUGGAGGGCUCAUCCUUCUAGCCUUCCCCUGGCCUCCAUGUAUGUGAAAUUCUUCGGACAGGAAAUCGCGUUUGCCAACAUUGACAGGGCAAUUGUUGAUCAGAUCAUUGAGCUUGCCAGUGGACCAGCCAUUCACACAUAUGGAAGGAAAGUUUUGGAUGGUCUGCUGUCCGGGUUCGCAUUCCAUUAUGCAAAACCAAUGCUGGUUGCUGAGAUUCGUCGCAUCAUUCCCACCACUGUUGGUCUGCCUAUGGAGCUCAGUUUCUACACUGCUGCAGUGGCUGCUGCCUCUGUUGAAUUCCAAGCCGAGGUGACACCACCCCUGCCUGAGAACUUCCAUGCUGCCCAGCUUCUGAAGUCUGAUAUCAACAUGAGGGCUGCCAUUGCUCCAAGUGUUUCCGUGCAUACCUACGCAGUCAUGGGAGUGAACACUGCCUUCAUCCAAGCAGCUCUGCUCUCAAGAGCCACAGUCCACACAAUCGUUCCUGCUAAGAUCGAAGCAAGAAUCGACAUGAUUAAGGGCAACUUCAAGCUGCAGUUCCUGCCUGUUCAGGGCAUUGAUAAGAUUGCGUCUGCUCUUGUUGAAACUUUUGCUGUUGCAAGAAAUGUUGAAGACCUUGCAGCUGCUAAAUUUACACCUGUGGUUCCUGCUGAACUUCAAUCACGUAUGUCAAGGGAGACAUUCUCUUCAAAGAUUUCCAGAUUGUCAUCCUCUCUGAUUGGUGGCCUGUCAGCAUCAUCAGAAAUCAUCCCUGUUGACCUGCCAAGGAAAAUUGUCAACAAACUGAGACUGAAGACCUUUGAAAAGAAAAUGUGUGCUGAAAUUGAAACCUUCGGAAUCAAGGCAUGCACAGAGAUUGAAUCUCGCAAUGCUGCCUUCAUCAAGGACUGCCCACUGUACGCCAUGAUCGGAAAACACGCUAUCGUUGUUGAGGUUGCUCCAGCUGCUGGACCAAUCAUUGAGAAGAUUGAAAUUGAAGUUCAGGUUGGAGAAAAAGCAGCAGAAAAGAUCCUCAAAGUGAUCAAUCUGAGUGAGGAAGAAGAGGUCCUGGAGGACAAAAACGUCCUGAUGAAACUCAAGAAGAUCCUGGUUCCUGGUCUGAAGAAUGUCACAGCCUCUUCCUCCAGCUCCAGCAGCUCUCGCUCUCGCUCUAGCAGCUCUCGCUCCAGCAGUUCACGUUCAAGCCUCUCCUCAUCUGUUUCAUCCAAGUCUUCCUCAAGCUCUUCUCGCUCCAAGAGCAAGACACUUGACCUUGUUGCUCCCAUCAGCAAGAAAACAAAGCGUGUGAAGAGCAGCUCAAGCAGCUCCUCAAGCAGCCGCUCAUCAAGCUCCAGCUCCAGCUCCUCAAGAUCCAGCUCCCUGUCCAAGCAAGAACUUUAUGAGCUGAAGUUUACAAAGAACCAUAUCCACCAGCAUGCCCUCUCUACAGACCGCGUCAACAGCAAGAGCAGUGCCUACAGCUUUGAAGCCAUCUACAAUAAGGCCAAGUACCUUGCCAAUGAACUCACUCCUGCCGUGACCAUUCUUGUGCGUGCUGUGAGAGCCGACCACAAGGCUCAGGGAUACCAGAUUGCAGCUUACUUUGACAAGGCUACUUCCAGACUGCAGGUCAUUUUUGCCAACCUGUCUGAGAACGACCACUAUAGGAUCUGUGCUGAUGGUGUGAUGCUGAGCAACCACAAGCUCAUGGCCAAGAUUGCCUGGGGCAUUGAGUGCAAAGAAUACGAGACUGAGAUCAUAGCCGAGACCGGUGUUGUGGGUAAAGAGCCAGCGUUCCGCCUGAAGCUGACCUGGGACAAACUUCCAAAGAGCAUGAAGCGCUAUGCACAGGAGCUCUCUGAGUACAUCACCUACAUCGCUAAGGAGGCUGGAUUGAACCUGGCAAAGGUCAAGAAUGUUCGCAAACAGAUCAAACUGACUGUGGCUGUGGCUUCUGAGACAAGCUUGAAUGUUGUGCUGAGGACACCAAAGAGGACUAUCUACAAACUGGAUAUUGGUCUCCCUAUUGCUCUGCCAUUUGAAGACACUGCUGCUGAGCUGGAAGCAUACCCUAAUAACAUUGCUGGCAAGAUUUCCUACAUGAUCACCAAGGCUCAUUCAGCUGAGUGCGCCAUGGUCAAUGAAAAAUUGGUCACAUUCAACAACAGGAAAUACAAGAAUGAGAUGCCCCACUCCUGCUACCAGGUUUUGGCUCAAGACUGCACACAAGAGCUUAAAUUUAUAGUUCUUCUGAAGAGGGACCAAGCACAGGAACACAACCAACUCAAUGUGAAGAUUUCAAACAUUGAUGUGGACAUGUAUCCGAGGGACGGUGUUAUCAUGGUGAUGGUUAAUGGAGUAGAAAUCCCCAUCAGCAAACUGCCAUAUCAGCAUCCUGAAGCCAAAAUUCAGAUCAGACAGAAAGGCCAGGGAAUUGCACUCCAUGCUCCGAGCCAUGGUCUUCAGGAGGUCUACUUUGAUCUGAACACAUGGAAGGUUAAAGUUGUGGACUGGAUGAGAGGACAGACUUGUGGACUCUGUGGAAAGGCUGACGGUGAAGUCAGACAGGAGUACCGUACACCCAACACACGCCUGACAAAGGAUGCAGUCAGCUAUGCUCAUUCCUGGGUUGUGGCUGGAAAGAGCUGCAGGGAGGACUAUGGCUGUUACAUGAAGCUUGAAUCUGUGAAGUUGGAGAAACAGGUCCUCCUCCAUGGGGAGGAGUCCAAAUGCUACUCUGUUGAGCCUGUGCUGCGCUGUCUCCCGGGCUGCAUGCCAGUCAGGACCACCCCUGUCACUAUUGGCUACCACUGCCUGCCUAUUGACACAAACCUGAGCCGAUCUGAGGGUAUGAACAGUAUCUACGAGAAGAGCGUUGACCUGAGGGAGACAGCAGAAGCUCACCUAGCCUGUCGCUGCACUGCUCAGUGUGCUUAAUCUCAUAGCCUUCAGUCCUACAGUGAUGCACUCUUUUUAUCAUGCAGGUAUUUUCAAUGAAUGUGUUUGAACUGUAAAUUUAAAUAAAUUGGAGAUGCAACGAA